UACCAUACCUGUAAAUACGCGGUCUCGAGAUCUUACAUAACCCCACCUCAAGUCAAGUUAGUCGACCGAAAUCAACAACAACUUGCAGUUCCAACACAAGAGUUUCCGUCGAAGACUGAUCGAAACAGUACCAACGAAAUAUUCUUAUAAAUCUUUAUGAUAUUUAUGACACGUUUGGAAAAAAUUGUAUUGAUACCCAAUAGUUACCGUGUAGUGAAUCAGUGAAGAAAAACACCUGUGCGUGUUACAAGAUCUUAUGUUACGAAAUAGCGACAGCUGAAACUUUUUUGUGUGUAGUGCUCAAAAAUGGAAGGAAAAAUUUCACACAGUGGCCUAUUGGCGCGUAGUCCAGAGGGUCAUGCCGCUAGGGGGAUGCAGAUAAAGGGCAAUGAAGACGUGUGGGUGGAAAUUCAAGCGAACACUUUUAGGAAUUGGGUGAACGAACAUUUACCACAAAAUUUAAGGGUUGCAGAUUUGUCCCAUGACCUUGGUACGGGAGUGAGGUUAUGUGCCCUUGUGGAAGCGCUGCAAGGACGUCCGAUUAAACCUACAUGGAAUAAAAAACCGGCCAAUCAACAUCAUUACCUUGAAAAUGUAACAUGUGCUUUGAACGCUAUCGAACAGGAUGGUGUCAAAUUAGUAAACAUAGGAAAUGUGGAUAUUGUGAAUGGAAAUCUCAAACUUAUUCUUGGACUAAUAUGGUCACUCAUAGUCAGGUAUCAAAUAGGAAGAUCUAAAUUUCCACCCAGAAAAUUAAUGCUGAGUUGGUUGCAAGCAGUACUACCAGAGUGCAAGGUGAAUAACUUAACUACAGACUGGAACUCUGGAAUAUUACUUUCUGCUCUUGUCGACUAUUGUCGUCCCGGACUAUUUCCACAUUGGAAAUCGUUAGAUAAGAAUAAUGGUAUUGAAAACUGUCGACGAGCAAUGGGUAUUGCUCAAAAGGAUCUAGGAAUACCAGCUGUAUUAGAGCCUGAGUACUUAGCUUCUCCGUGGUUGGACGAACUGUCAGGGAUGACGUACUUAUCUUAUUUUAUGAAACCAGGAUCGCCUGGAUUCCACGCCACACUAAAAUGGAUCAAUUCUAGAUUAGAAAGGAGAAUCAAUAACUUUACAGAUGAUUGGAAUGAUGGAAAAGUUGCAAGCGAAAUGAUUCGGUCAUUAGGAGGAUCUGCAUUACCUCCAGAAAAAUUAAAGAGUGAUAUUGCUUAUUGGGAGUCGAACUGGCAGCAAGCUCUGGAAGCUGGAAAAAAGAUGGGUGUUCAUCCAAUAUUAUCAGCCAAGGACCUAGCCGAUAAACAUGUAGAGCAUUUGGGUGUAAUGGCGUAUGCAGCAAAUUUCCAAUGGGUUCCCGAAAGGCCCUCUCUGCAUGAUCUCAUCAAUGUUGCAUUGAAUUCCACAUCUGGCAGAGUUGGUGAACCGAUACAUUUUCAAGUAGCUCUGCUGGAUUCGCAGCUCUCGUACUCUUCUGUUUCUGUUGAAAUACGGGGUCCCGACAACAAGGUCUAUAAGCUGAGAAACCUCAAUAAGGGUCACGGGACAUUUGUACCCAGCAAAAUAGGAGUAUAUGAGAUAAUUGUGAAUUACAAUGGAGAUGAAGUUUUGGGAGGUAAUCAUUUCCGCGUUUUGCCAGCUCUGGUUGAGGUAGCACCACCUGGUAUGUCUCCAUGCGCUCUGGGAUCACUGGUCCAAGUUUUGGUGAAUACAACAGGACAUCCUAAGAGGGAGGAUAUUUCAGUAACAGCGUACAGUCCAUCAGGUAGACCUCUUAACUGCCCGUUGACAACUAUUGACGAAACGAAUAGUGCUACAUUCAAACCAGACGAACCAGGAGAAUGGAGAAUCGAAAUAACUUACCAGGGAAAACAAAUCCAAGGUGGUCCAUUCACUUGUUCAGUUUUCGAUCCAAAUGGCAUUCAAAUCCACAAUCUGGAAGGCGCCUUACCACUGGUGCCACAUAGUAUUGAGCUGGACUGCAGGAGGGUGGGUGUACCAGGCGAAGUAUUCGCCGACAUUGUUCAUGAUAAAAAAUCAGUGCACUGUAGGUUGGAAAAAGUUGACGAUGAAGGAUUUCAUUACAGAAUCCAUUUCACACCGAUGGACGCUGGAAAACAUAGGGUUUAUGUAUACUUCAACGGAUACGACGUGAAAGAUUCUCCAUUCAUGAUGAGAGUCGGCACCCAAAAGCGCCAAAAAACCAAUAUCAGUCCAAAUACCACAUACAGACAGAGUCCAACGGCGACAAGAUUAUCGAGUUCAAGUCCGAUUAACGUUCAACAUUUGACAGCCUUGAAUACUUCUAGAAAUGCCAACUACACACAUUAUCGAGAAAAUUCUACUCCCAUCCUGAGUGAUACAUAUAAGUAUGCGCAGGAGUAUCAUAAGAAAAAUGUGAUGGAAGGACAAAUGACUACACAUUCACCUAGAGCUCAAAGUCCUUCUUUUAUUCAUAGAUCGCAGAGUCCGAGCUACAGUCAACAAAGAAAUCCCAUCAGUGUUGGUAGAGACAGCCCUGAUUAUAUCACCAGUAAAAGAUUGAACGAAAGACGUUUUGAUACAGCCAGUCCAAGCUUCGCCAAGAAGUCUACAGAAUUCGACAACUACACCUCAAAUAAAAUGUCCAAAAUGUACAUCAGUGAGUCGAGAAGUCCGAAACCUGAACGAACUAGUCCUGUACCAGACAUAUCCUACAGCAACAGCAGAUAUGACAAAAACUCCUUAGAAAUGCGAACUUAUAAUAGCACUUACGACUAUAGAAACGAUGUUGGUGUGGAUACGUCCCCUAUUAUCAAAGUGUCCUCAAUGGAUGACCAUGAGGGAACUUCGAGAAGAGACCUCUGGGAUGUAAUGAAUAAAACAAGGAAUGUGUUGUCUGAACGUAGCUUGGAAUCAUUGGCUAACUUGACCGAGGCACAGCUCAACACCGAAUUGAAUAGGAGAAGGACGGAAGAAAGCUCCCGUUACCUCACAGAAAAGAAUUAUUCGACUCAAAACUUUCAUCAGAAUUACAAUGGUGAACAAUACGAAAGACGCUCUCCUGUGUAUAGGACUUCUUCUAAGGGAAUGGGAGCUGCAGCUGUAAAAGUGCAACCAGUGCCAGAUGGUGUGUUGGGACAACCUGUUGAAUUCGAAAUCGAUGGUAGUGGAGCAGGAUCAGGGGAUCUGGAAAUACUUGUAGAGGGGGGACGAGUAACCUCCAGCGUUAGAAGCUUAGGAGGACAACGUUUCAAAGCAGCAUUCACUCCUCACCAAGCACUUCCUCAUCGAGUGGACAUAAGGUUCAAUGGUGAAACGGUACCUGGGAGUCCCUGGCACGUGAAUAUCAUGUCCACAUCCAACAUAUCUAUCAUUGGAGAGUCCGUCAGAUUGGUUCCUGCCAACAUCUCUGCUGUUUUCGAAAUAAUAACAAGUACAAAUGUAGCCCCUGACGAUCUUGUUGUUCAUGUAAUUUCGCCGAGCAAAAGAGCUCUGCAAGCCCGAGUGUUACCGGGUAACAGAACUGGGGUACAGAGUGUUGAAUUUGUGCCUACUGAGGUCGGUACUCACAUUAUUGAGGUGACCGUGAAUGGAGAAAAACUACCGUCAGGCCCACUUGUGGCCAAAGUUUAUGAUGCUGGUCUGAUCCAAGUUGCUGAUGUCAGCGGAGGUGUUGUGGGACAACCAGUUCAAUUUAGAGUUGACGCUAGUCAGGCAGGAGAAGGACAACUCGAAAUAUCAAUAAACGAAGGUGAAGUGCCAAAUCAUGUUCAAGUAGUAGGAGGAGGCAGAUGCUUGGUCUCCUUUACACCAGAUCAAGUCAAGCCACAUCUUAUAGAUAUCAAAUUUAAUGGAGAGACGGUUAGAGGGUGCCCGUUCGUAUGUACUGUAACUGAUACAAGUAGGGUCACCCUGAAUUUAAAUCAUCUCGAACUGAUACCUGUUAACCAACCGAGCACCUUCCAUAUGGGGGUGGCAGGCGGAGGUGCAGCUGAACUUGCUGUUGCAGUUAGAAGUCCUCACGGCGAACUACCAGUUAAAGUAACUGGAGACAUACAUUCGGGAUUCACAGCUGAAUUCACUCCAGUCCAAGUUGGUGCCCAUCAGAUAAGCGUUGAGUAUAAUGGCAGACCAGUUCAAGGCACACCCUUCUUAGCGAAAGCUUUCGAUUCAAACAGAGUUACUGUCGGAACUGUGGCUAGGGGAAUUGUUGGUAGACCUGUCACUUUUUCUGUAGAUGCUAGCGAAGCUGGGGAAGGAAAUCUCGAGAUAACUAUAUCAGCUAGAGGGCUCAACAUACCCACCCAAGUUCAUCCACAAGGAAACGCAAGGUUUGCAGUCAGCUUCGUUCCUGGUGAAGCUUGUGACCAUGUAGUGAACGUAGCUUUCAACAAGCGACCUGUAGUUGGUUGUCCUCUUAUUGUUGGUGUCGGCGGUGGAGGCUCUGGUCCUACAGUAACACUUCCGGGACCUGGCCCUGUUCACAAACCCAGUACCCUAUUGAUUAAUCAUUCAGGAAAAUUGGAGGAUAUUGAAGUUAAUGUUGAGGGUCCAGGAGGUCAAGCGAUACCUACCCACGUUCAGUCGAUAGGUAAUGGUCAGUUCAGGGCUGAAUUUACUCCAAGGGUCGUUGGAGAACACCGAAUAAACGUAUCUGUUAACGAUAUUCCAACUGUUGGAAGCCCAUACGCAGCGAAAGUUUAUGAUGUUCAAGCCAUCAGAGUGAAAGAACCCGGAAGUGGAAUUGUUGGAAAACCUAUUACCUUCCUAGUUGAAACCAGCCAAGCGGGUCCUGGAAACCUUGAAGUAACUGUGAAUGGUGGCAGGGUUCCUACCUCCGCUCAAGCACAAGGUCCACAUACCUAUGCGAUAUCCUUUACUCCAAGAGAAGCUACAACUCAUUCUGUAGACCUUCGUUUUAAUGGUCAGGAUGUACCGGGUAGUCCAUUCGAAUGCCUUGUUGCUCCUGCUGCAAGAGUUUUAGCUCCAGAAACUUUAGAUAAAAUUUCUGUGGGGAAAACAUGCAUCUUUGGAGUUGAAAGUUCAAAUCCUCCAACGGUUGAAAUAUUAGGACCUGCCCGAAGGCAGAUACCUGCUCAGGUAUUACCUCAAGCAGGCCACCCAGGAAAGUUUGAAAUAUCUUUUUCGCCUAUUGAUGUUGGUGACCACAGUGUGGAGGUCAAAUUACCAGGUGGUCAUGUUGAAGGAAGUCCUUUCCUAGUAAAAGCUUAUGAUGCCAAUAGAGUCACAGUAACAGACAUUAACGAUGGGGUAGUUGGAAAACCUGUAGCUUUUAGUAUAAAUGCUUCGCAAGCAGGAGCUGGUAAUUUGGAAAUUAUCGUAGCAGUUGCUGGAAGGAAUGUGCCCAAUUUUGUUCAAAGUGAAGGAAAUGCCAGAUUCAAAGUCAAUUUCAAACCAACAGAAGCUGCAACACAUACCCUUAGCGUGAGAUUCAAUGGCCAUCCUGUUCCUGGUUCACCUUUCAACUGCAAAGUCUUACCUGGUAAUACUCAACCAAGAAUUCCAGUUUCCGGGUCUGGCAUUGAGAUGGCAGCAGUUGGUCAUACAGCAGAAAUAAGAAUAGAAGGAAUAACAGGUGUUGAGCCUCAAGUCAUCACCACAGCGCCAACUGGUAAAAUCAUACCGGUUAAAUUGACUUCAAUGGGGGACUCAUAUAUAGCCAAAUUCAUCCCUGAAGUUGUGGGACGUCACUCUGUUGCUAUCCUCAUCAAUGAUCAACAUGUCAUCGGUUCACCAUUCAGUUGCAAUGUAUACGAUGUUAACAAAGUUAUAGUAUCCGGGCUACCGGGAAGAAAAGCCUCAAUUAUAGCGAAAGUAUUACCAGAUCUCAACGCAAGAGAUAUUGGGACUGCUGAGGUUGGAAAACCUGUAACGUUUAGUGUUGAUGCUGCGCAAGCUGGAGAAGGAACCCUCGAGCUUGUGGUCUCAACACAAAAUACUACAAUAAAAGCAGAAGUUGUUGCUUGUGCGAGAGGCCUCUAUGAUGUUACUUUUGUCCCACAAACUGCUGAGGACCAUUUUGUUAAUAUAACCUUCAACGAAAUGUCUGUUAUUGGAAGUCCUUUCCACUGUACUGUAGUAGAAGUUACACAAUCGAUACAAAACGGGUCAAUAGCUUUCAUCGAUUUGCCAUCCGAAAACCACAAAUUAGAAAUAUCUGACCCGAAUAAUCACCACGUCAAGUACACGGUGAACAAUUCAAAGGCAGAAUUCACUGUAACACAAGUUGGAACAUACAGAGUUCAGAUCUACCGAGGACACGAAAUUGUAGCAACGCGUUCAAUAAAUGUGUUCGACACCUCGAAAAUUGAAGUUAUUGGUCUACCAGAAGCUGUAUGUCAUCGACCAGCAGUUAUCGCAUUGAACAUGAGCAAAGCAGGAGUAGGAAAACUGACAGCUAAUGUAAAAGUCGCUAAUCGAGACGUUGCUCACAGUGUUAGGCAAUCCGAAAAUAAUUCUAAUAUUUGGGAAAUUGUAUUUCAUCCAAUGUGUUCAGCUCCGCAUAGAGUUGCUCUCUUCUUCAAUGAUAUACCCAAAUUCAACGUAAUAGAGAUUCCUGUCAAAGGACCUGGUACAGAGCCAUGGGCUGGCGGUAUUGGCUUAUAUCAAGCUAGAGUGGGCAAAGUAACUCAGUUCAAUAUCGACACACUUGGUCGUAUGGCCAGAGAAUUCGAUGUGGUUAUUAGCGGACCGAACGGCUCUGCUGUACCUGUGAGAUGUUACCAAACAAAAACGGGAAAACUACAAGCUGAAUUCACAGCCCGUGAAAGUGGACCGAACAAAAUCGAAGUUUUACAUCAAGCCAAAUCACUCAAUGGAAGUCCAUUCACUUGCCAAGCUUUUGAUUUAGAAGCAGUUAAAAUAACCGAUAUACCUCAUACGCAAGGGAACGUAGGGGAAGCCGUGCAAUUCAACAUAUCAACAAAGAAGGCCGGGGAUGCAGAAUUAGAUGUUCAGGUCACAAACCCAACUGGGUUAUUUUUACCUGUAACAAAAAUGGAACUUGAGGAUGAUAUAACCCAAAUCUCUUUCCUUCCGUCAAUACCUGGACUCUAUCAGGUCACCGUUUCUUAUGGCGGUUUUCCGGUGAGAGGUUCUCCACUAGCAUUAGGCGUGGGACCCGUGGGGCCAACACCACCACCUAGAGCGGUCGGGAGAGGCCUGGAGAAAGGCUUAGUUGGUGAAAGGACUUCUUUCACCAUAACGUCUCCCGUUCAGCCAAGAAUACAAGUUGAAGCCGUUGAGGGUAUCAUCGAAGCGCAUAUUCAAAGUCCGAAACCAGGAGAAUACAUAGUGUCUUAUACUCCGAAGUGGGUUGGCAUAUAUGAUAUCAUAGUUGGUAUUGGAGCUAAUGAUCUCGCCGGAUCACCCUUCAGACCCAAGAUAAUAAAUCCCUCAGCAGUGAGGGUGAUUGGGGGGUGGGAUCAAUAUUUAGAUGAAAACGGGAGAAUAAGACUACCAACUAAAAUUGCCUUCGAUAUAACAAACGCAGGUCCCGGUAACCUCGAAUUGAAAAUAGACGGUCGAAAAAUGACAGGAGAAAAAUCCGGAACAAGAUAUAGAUUUGAUAUAUCAGGAGAAGGUUUCAACACUGGAGAACAUGAUUUGGACGUACAAUUCGAAGAUAUACCACUCCCGGACGCGCCGAAAGGUGUCAUUUGUUUGGGUGAUCAAGUGGUUCUGACGGGAAGAGGAUUAGCUCAAGCUCAGUGUGGUGAACCAGCAGUGUUUACCAUUGAUGGAUCCAAAUCUAGUAGUGGUAAUCCAGAAGUAACGCUUCAUGCGGCCGAUACCAACAUACCGGUACCUGUCAUGAUUUCAUUAGCUGGAGAAAAGAUAUGGAGAGCAACUUACACGUUGAAUGCAACAGGCAAUUACCUGCUAUCUGUAUUGUGGGCAGGCAGGCCGGUGAAGGGAUGUCCAUUGAUAGUAGAAGCGAAAGGCGGAGCAGAUGCCUCCAAGGUAUUAUGCUCAGGUGAAGGAUUGAGGCAAGGCGUUGUUGGGAGGGAAAUAAGAUCAUGGAUAGAUACCCGAAGAGCUGGUCCAGGUGAACUUACUGCCCACUGUUCGGGACCCAGAAAAGUUGCUUAUUGUGAACUUUACGAUCAUGGGGACGCCACGUUUACAUUGAACGUUAAACCGCAAGAGCCAGGACGACACGAAUUGACUAUAAAAUACGCCGGACAACAUGUUCCUGGUUCGCCUUUUACUCUGAGGGUUUCCGGUGCUCCUGAUGCUAGCAAGGUAAGAGUUUAUGGCCCUGGAAUAGAGCAUGGUGUUCUAGCUACUUUCCAAUCAAGAUUUAUCUGUGAUACGAGAGGAGCAGGUGCAGGACAACUCACGGUUAGGGUAAGAGGACCGAAAGGAGCAUUCAGAGUAGAAAUGCAACGAGAAAGCCAAAAGGACAGAACCAUACUUUGUAAGUUCGAUCCUACAGAACCAGGAGAUUACAGGGUGGAGGUCAAAUGGGCUGGCGAGCUGGUUCCUGGGUCUCCUUUUCACGUUAUGAUAUUCGACACACAGGAAGAACUGCGGAGGUAUAUAAAUUCUUUAUAGUAAUGAAAUGCAGAUAUUUUAUUAUUUUAACUUAUUUAUUUUUGUCCAUGUAAGUACUUACUUGAAUAUUUUAUCCUGUUUGUAUAUAGAUAUACUGAAUUUGUUAACUUGAGUUUGAUAAAUAUGUUGAUGACUAUGUUCAUAAACUCAUUAUUGGUUCAAUCUUAUAUACCUAACUGUAAAAAUUAUUUUUUGAAUAAUAAAACAAUUUAUUUCUAUGUUUA